UUUUAGGAUUCGAAACACGUUUUGUUUGUCAACCAAUUCAAAGUUCAAUCAGUGACUACUGUGUCUAGAUCAGGAUGGCGUCGACAGCCACCUUAUCGUUUGGGCCGAACCAAGAGAAUGAGGUGCAACUUCUUCCACCAAAAGAAGAGAAAACUCUCGAUAAUUUUAUGAAACUUGGCAAAUAUUGCUGGCUUAUUCUAUUUUUCUCCGAAUUUAUGCUACUUUCCGGAGCGGGAAACACACUUUAUAUGAUGUAUGCUGGUGCCUAUCCAAAACUUGUGAGCUGUGAAGGACCCGAUGUUUUUAUCAAAGAUAUUUGCAAGUCUUCAUUUGAUUUCCACAAUCCUCCAAACUGUACGAUAACCUCAAAAUAUGACUUCUACUCGAUCAAUGUUGAUUAUGGUCACUUCUGUGGUGAGGGUGCCUGGGUGAAAACCAGUAUUUCUGUGCAGAUGGUUGGUGUUUUGAUUGGAUCUGUUACCUCAGGUGCGGUUGCCGAUCGGUAUGGAAGGUUGAAGGUUCUCUCCGUGUGUUUUUUCAUGGUAUCAUCCCUCAGUAUUCUUAACACAUUUGCCAAAGAUCUUAUCUAUUUUACAAUUAUCCGAACGAUUCUCUCUAUUUUCAAAGGAGGGCUUCUAAGUACUUAUGGAGUUUACAAAAUGGAACACGUACCACGUCAGCACCGGUUUUGGAUUGCGACAAUGAUUAGUUGGGCGCCAAAUUACAUGAUUCUCAGUUUUGUUGCAUAUCUUUGUCACGAUUGGAUUACUUAUCAAUAUGCAAUAUUUGCACUUUCGAUGCCUGGAGCAGUGGUUUUCUUAUUUGUAAAGGAAUCUCCGCGAUGGCUAAUUCAAGCUGGUCGAAUUGAAGAGGCUCGUCAAGUUUUGAAACAUAUAAUGGAAGUUGAUGGUAAUACAUCAGAUCAUUCAUGGAAUGAAAUUGAGGAAAUGUUACAAACCGAAAAAAAACGUCAAGAAGAGCGUAUCAAAAAACGAAAGAAUUACGAUUUCCGUCAUUUAUUCUGGAAUAAGUACAUGGCCUCAGUGACGAUGAUUCUAUGGCUGGGAAUGUUUUCCACCUCUUUCACAAACUAUGGUUUUGUGUUCAAUAUAGAAAAGUUAUCUGGCUCCCUUUAUAUCAAUGCAUUGCUCAUGGGCUCAUUAAGAUGGGUGCUGAAUAUCUUUUUCGGAUUAGCUGAUUUGAAAUUUGCAAAAUUGGGUAGAAAACACAUCCAUUUGAUUUCAAAGUUGACAAUUACUAUUUGUGUGUUUUCUAUUUUUGUUACAUAUUACUUUGAAUACGAAGAAGAUUACUCAUUAAUCAUCCGUGUAGCAACUCUACUUGCUUCUGCCACAGCUUCUCAAGUUUUCAUCACAAAAUCUAUGGUGCUCAUGGAAUUUUAUCCAACGGUGAUUCGUAAUUCUGCGGUAUCAUUUAAAUCAAGUGCAAGUAGAAUUGGGACAAUUCUAGGACCACAACUUUUCAUUUUGUGCCCAUACAAAAGUCUUCCAUAUGCAAUUCUGACGGGAUUUUGCUUGUUUGAUGCAAUUGCAUUCCAGCUGAGACUUCCAGAAACUAAAGGAAAGCCACUGCCAGAAACAAUGCCUGAAAGACAUAAAAAUGGAAGAACCGCUUUACCAACUACCGACCCACAAAAUUAAUCAAUGGAAAUUUAAUAGAAAUGUACAAAUGACUUUUUUAGAUUAAAAUAAAUGUUCGCUAGUAUUGU